CUCUUGCCUCCGCCUCCGCCUGCCUUCCCCCGGCGGCAGCAGCAGCAGCAGCAGGGCUCUCCUCCUCCUGCUCUGCAGCAGGCAGCAAAUGUCGGAGGCAGCAGCCCCUGGCCCUGGAGGAGGAGGCGAGGAUGGGCUCCUGUGCUGGGCCUCCCUCUUCUCCUGCCUGGGCCUGGCUUGCUCCUACGUCGGCAGCCUCUACGUCUGGAGAGCCACCUGCCCCGGGACCACCCGGCCGUCAUCAAGCGCCGCUUCACCAGCGUCCUCAUCGUCUCCAUCCUCUCUCCCUUCUUCAUCUGGGCCUGGAAGGAGGUGACUGGCGUUAAGCCAGGUACAUCCCUUCUUGCCCUCAUGGGCUUCCGGUUGGAAGGAAUCGUGCCGGCGACUCUGCUACCUCUGCUGCUAACCAUGGUGUUAUUCCUUGGUCCCCUUAUUCAGCUCUCAAUGGACUGUCCCUGGGAUUUGGUGGACGGUGUCAAAGUUGCCUUCGACCCCAGCUUCUGGGUCCUCUGCCUGACCGACAUGCGCUGGCUCCGCAACCAGGUCAUUGCGCCAUUUACCGAGGAGCUGGUAUUCCGUGCCUGCAUGUUGCCCAUGCUUGUCCCAUGCACAGGACUGGGUACUGCCAUCUUCACCUGCCCGCUGUUCUUCGGAGUCGCUCACUUUCACCACGUCAUUGAGCAGCUGAGGUUCCGCCAGGGAAGCACAGCCAGCAUAUUCCUCUCUGCAGUGUUUCAGUUCUCCUACACAGCCGUAUUUGGAGCUUACACAGCCUUCAUCUUCAUCCGGACAGGGCACCUCAUUGGGCCUGUUCUCUGCCACUCCUUCUGCAACUAUGUGGGCUUCCCUGCCGUGGGCGCCGCGCUGGAGCACCCGCAACGCAUCCUGGUGGUCUUCUUCUACCUGCUUGGCGUGGUCCUCUUCCUCCUCCUCCUCCACCCCAUGACGGACCCGGCUUUCUUUGGACACCUGCCCAUCUGCUCCCUCUCCAGAUUGACCUCUCCCGCAAAGAGCCUCAGCAGCUUCUCCUUUUGCUCCUGACGCUCAUCCGGGAACUCUGUCUCCACCCGUCACCUUUGCACCUGUUUUUGGGGUGUUUUGGGGUGGGUUUCUUUUCCUCACCCCUCCAGCCUUGGACCAUAGCUGGGUGAGGGUGCUGAACACGAUCCGGUCGCUCGCCUGGCACACUUACAGAGAAGCCAUCGCCGAAUCCUCUUUGCUGUGGAGGUGGAGCCAGGCCUGCGUUCUUGCACAUGUCUGUCCUGAGCCACUCAGCCCUUUUUGUACAUCCCUGGGAGAGGGUGGGUGGAAGGCUAUCUUUUUUCUUCAGGGUCCCCAAAGAGCUCUAUUUUUUAUUAGUAAAGGUACUUUAAUGAGA